AAGCCUACCCACUUUUUUUACGUAAUCAACCAACUUCCUUGUCCGUUGUUUACGGAAGUGUCGCGAUGAACGCGAGCGGCUUCAAAUGUACUUUCAGGACCGAAUUUGAAAUUAUUUCAUAACAUUAAAUCACAUGGCGGUUUUUAGCGUGGGAAUUCUUGUUCUUCUCGUCUGCCUGCUGUUCACCGCAGCAAAGUACCAACCGAACUGGGAGUCCAUCGACUCCAGGCCGCUGCCAGGCUGGUACGACCAGGCCAAGUUCGGCAUCUUCAUCCACUGGGGGGUCUUCUCUGUGCCCAGCUUCGGCAGCGAGUGGUUCUGGUGGUUCUGGCAAGGUGCGAAACAGAAGCCGUAUGUUGACUUCAUGCAGAAAAAUUACCCCCCCAACUUUAAGUACCAAGACUUUGCUCCACAAUUCACCGCCGAGUUCUUCGACGCCAAAGAAUGGACGGACAUCUUCGCCUCGUCGGGCGCCAAGUACAUCGUCCUGACCACCAAACACCACGAAGGUUUCACGCUGUGGGGCUCCAGUACCUCCUGGAACUGGAACGCCGUGGACGUCGGACCCAAGCGGGACCUGGUGGCGGAGGUGGCCGACGCCCUGCGGGACAACAGCGACCUGCGCCUGGGUCUCUACCACUCGCUGUUCGAGUGGUUCAAUCCUCUCUUCGAGAUGGACGCCGCCAACAACUUCACCACCAACCACUUCCCCGUCUUGAAAAGUCUUCCGGAGCUUUACGAGCUGGUGGUCAAGUACAAGCCGGACGUGCUGUGGUCCGACGGGGACGGACACGGGCCGGACCAGUACUGGAACAGCACCGGAUUCCUAGCCUGGCUCUACAACGACAGUCCAGUUCGUGACACGGUGGUGACAAACGACCGCUGGGGUCGCGGCUCCAUCUGCAAGCACGGCGGCUACUACACCUGUUCCGACCGCUACCAGCCGGGCCACCUGCUGGCGCACAAGUGGGAGAACUGCAUGACCAUCGACCGCAAGUCAUGGGGCUACAGACGCAACGCCCCGCUCAGCGACUACCUCGCCAUCGAGCAGCUCGUGGCGUCCUUAGUAGAAACGGUGUCCUGCGGCGGGAACCUGCUGAUGAACGUGGGCCCCACGCUGGACGGAAGGAUCGCGCCCAUCUUCGAGGAGCGCCUGCGCCAGAUGGGCCGGUGGCUGGGGGUCAACGGCGAGGCCAUCUACAACAGCAGCGCCUGGCGGGCUCAGAACGACAGCGUCACGCCCGGCGUCUGGUACACGUCCAGACCGAAGGAAGAUCUCAUCUUUGCCAUUUUCCUCUCGUGGCCCCAAGAUGGCGCUCUAAUCCUGAGUGAACCUGAGGUCACACCUGGACACACUCAGGUGGCGCUCUUGGGGCACGGCCCCCUGCAGUGGGAGCCCACCAAGGCCCCGGGACUUCGGGUCAUCUUGCCUCAGCUGUCCAUCAGCCAGAUGCCCUGUCAGUGGGCCUGGACCCUCCGGCUGACGGGCGCCAGGUGAUGGAGUGAACACCACCCAAAUACUGGACUACAUACUCGCCUUUUCAAUGUCACACCUCUGACUCUGCUCUUUUUACUUCAACAAUGAUUUGGAGUGCAUGAGAAAGUGGACAUUAAAAUGCUCUUGGCUUA